AUGCAUUUUCUAGUUUUGGGGUCUACGGGUGCGAUCGGGAAUAUCUUUUGUGAUAUUACUCUCGAGGCAAGGCAUACUCUCACCCUUUUUAUCCGAAAUCGGGACAAGGUACCAGCCAGAGUCGCCGACAACAAAAGGGUGGCAAUCAUCGAAGGAAUACUGGAAGACGAAGAUACUCUAGACGAAGUCUCAAGAUGCGGGGCUGAUACAUUUGUAUCCUUCGCUGGACCACCAGUUGGAAGCAAGAACACGCCCCUGACAGAUGGAUAUCGAGCCCUCGUUCCAAAACUAGUUUCUCAGGGCAUCAAACGACUCCUCAUUCUCUGCACCCCUUCCUAUAAGGGCGCAUCCGAUGUUGCGUCGUUUAAAUGGCGACUUGGAGAAUGGACAAUGAAGGCGAUCCCUUCUACGCGUGGCCAAUACGGGGAAAUGAUCAGUGUUGGGGAAUACGUCACGUCACUGCCAGCUGAGGAUGACAUUAAAUGGACAUUGUUUCGAGUCGGAGGUUUGACAAACGGAGAGAAACGUCCUGUUGAAGCAACUUUCCUGGGCACUGGAAAAGAUGGCAUGUGGAUUAGCCGAGCGAGUGUUGCGGAAUGGGUGAUGGAAGAGGCUAUCCAGGAGAAGUGGGUUAGACGGAUACCCUAUAUUUGUAAUUAA